GUCUUUUGUUACUCUACAAAGAAGAAAUAAAUGACUGGCUACUUGUCCUUAUAUCUCUUCACAUCAUGUUGUAUGCUUCCAUGAAAUAUGAUUUCUCUCCAUUUGUGGAUUGGGCUUUCUCAAUAUAGUAGUGCUUUUCUUGAACUGAACUGGAUUUUUGAUAUUUCUCCUUGAAACAUAUGUCUGAUAGUAGUUCUGAAAUGACACUUUCUGCCUACAUAGAAAUAUUAUGAGUACUUAAGGUAUUAAAUAAUUUUUUUUGGUAGAGAUUUGAGUUCCUGAUGAAUGAUUUGCUCUGCACCUUCUUACUAUGGUGAUUUUUGUUUUUGUUGAUUUUGGUGCUAGAUCUCACCCUCAUAAUCACUGUGUAGGAGGGUAUCAGUAUAAAACAAUGAAUUGAAAUUACUUAAAAUUGAAUUUUUAAGUGAUACAGGGUUUUUUGGUGGUUUUAGUGUUUGAUGUUGCUGCAAGGUUGUUACCCUGAGUAAUUGAAAUCUGACUUUACCAAGGGUAAAGGUGUUCUCUUAAGAAAUGAGUAUCAUUUUGAAACAAACACUAAACUAAACAAAACUCUGUUCUUGGUGAAUGCCCAUAUGCUUUCUGGAAGCUUCUCUGAAAUUAAUGAGCAUUGUUAAAAAGAUGAAGGAAAUGUAUGCACUAUGAAGUUUGAUACUGUAAUUUAGAAUAUCUAGUUUUGUAAGUAUUUGUUACUCCAGUUCCCAUCCUUCUAGUAAUUGAAAUACCUAAAGAAUGAAGAGGAAAAAAACUAUACUUUCUUGUCCUACAUAAUUCCAGUAGAGAUACUAAUUCUUAGAGCUACAUCUAUAUUUUCAAGCACAUCAACUUUAAAUAGAAGAAAAUACUGAGGAAAACAUAAAAAAGUUUUUAUAUACUUUUCCUUUUAAAUAGAUGAAGAACUUCCUGAUUACAUUAUGGUGAUGGUGGCCAACAAGAAAAGUCAGGACCAAAUGACAGAGGACCUGUCCCUGUUUCUAGGGAACAACACAAUUCGAUUCACCGUAUGGCUUCAUGGUGUAUUAGAUAAACUUCGCUCUGUUACAACUGAUCCCUCUAGUCUAAAGUCUUCUGAUACUAACAUAUUUGAUAGUAACGUGCCUUCAAGCAAGAGCAGUUUCAGUAGGGGAGAUGAGAGAAGGCACGAAGCUGCAGUGCCACCCCUUGCAGUUUCUAGCACUAGACCUGAGAAAAGAGAUUCCAGAGUUUCUUCAAGUUCACAGGAGCAGAAAACCACUCAUGUCAGACAGAGCUAUGAUGAUGGAGCUGCAACCCGACUAAUGUCAACAGUGAAACCUCUGAGGGAGCCAGCACCCUCUGAAGAUGUGAUUGAUAUUAAGCCAGAACCAGAUGACCUCAUUGAUGAAGACCUCAAUUUUGUGCAGGAGAAUCCCUUAUCUCAGAAAAAACCUACAGUGACACUUACAUAUGGUUCUUCUCGCCCUUCUAUUGAAAUUUAUCGACCACCUGCAAGUCGAACUGCAGAUAGUGGUGUUCAUUUAAACAGGUUGCAAUUUCAGCAGCAGCAGAACAGUAUUCAUGCUGCCAAGCAACUGGAUAUACAGAACAGCCGGGUAUAUGAAACAGGACGUUUGUGUGAACCAGAAGUGCUUAACAGCUUAGAAGAGACUUAUAGUCCCUUCUUCAGAAACAACGCAGAAAAAAUGAGUAUUGAGGAAGAAAACUUUCGGAAGAGAAAGUUGCCUGUGGUAAGUUCAGUUGUUAAAGUAAAAAAAUUCAAUCAUGAUGGAGAAGAGGAGGAGGAAGAUGAUGAUUGUGGGUCCCGAACAGGAAGCAUCUCCAGCAGUGUGUCAGUGCCAGCAAAGCCAGAGAGGAGACCCUCACUUCCUCCUUCUAAACAAGCUAACAAGAAUCUAAUUUUGAAGGCUAUAUCUGAAGCUCAAGAAUCUGUAACAAAAACAACUAACUAUUCUGCAGUCUCACAGAAACAGACACUUCCAGUUGCUCCCAGAACUCGAACUUCUCAAGAAGAAUUGCUGGCAGAAGUGGUCCAGGGGCAAAGCAGGAGCUCUAGAAUCAGUCCCCCCAUUAAAGAAGAAGAAGCAAAAGGAGAUAAUCCAGAAAAGGGCCAAGGAACUCAACAGAGGCAGUUGUUGUCCCGGCUACAGAUUGAUCCAGUCAUGGCAGAAACUCUGCAGAUCAGUCCAGAUUACUAUGACAUGGAAUCCCUGGUCUAUGCAGACACGAGAUCAUUUAUUCUGAAGAAGCCAAAGCUGUCUGAGGAAAUAGUAGUGGCAUCAAACCAAGAAUCGGGGAUGAAGACUGCAGAUACCCUUCGGGUACUUUCAGGACACCUUAUGCAGACACGAGAUCUUGUACAACCAGAUAAACCUGCAAGUCCCAAGUUUAUAGUGACGCUGGAUGGUGUUCCCAGCCCCCCAGGAUACAUGUCAGAUCAAGAGGAGGACAUGUGCUUUGAAGGAAUGAAACCUGUAAACCAAACUGCAGCCUCAAACCAGGGACUCAGAGGUCUCCUCCACCCACAGCAGUUGCAGUUGAUGAGCAGGCAGCUUGAUGACCCAAAUGGUAGCUUUUCACACGCUGAGAUGAGUGAAUUGAGUGUGGCACAGAAGCCAGAAAAACUUUUGGAACGCUGCAAGUACUGGCCUGCCUGUAAAAACGGGGACGAAUGUGCUUACCACCAUCCCGUUUCACCGUGCAAAGCUUUCCCCAAUUGUAAGUUUGCUGAAAAAUGUUUGUUUGUCCAUCCAAAUUGUAAAUAUGAUGCAAAAUGUACGAAGCCAGAUUGUCCCUUCACUCAUCUGAGUAGAAGAAUUCCAGUACUGCCUCCAAAACCAGCAGUUAUAACAGCAACACCAUCUUCUAGUAGUCAGCUGUGCCGGUACUUCCCUGCUUGUAAGAAAAUGGAAUGUCCCUUCUAUCAUCCAAAACACUGCAGGUUUAACACUCAGUGUACACGACCCGAUUGCACGUUUUACCAUCCCACCAUCACUGUGCCUCCACGGCACGCCUUGAAGUGGAUUCGGCCUCAAACCAGUGAGUAACACCCAGUCCUACAUGGCAGAAGAUCGUGAAGUUUGAAAGUUUCCAUCUACUGAUGAAAGAGAUUCUGUAGAACUUGUCAAAUCCUUGAAACUUGGAAUAUAUUGCUUUCAUAAUAUGAAGUUUAUCGCCUAUCUGAAGUAUCUAAUUUUUCAAGUUUGUAAGUUUAUUAAGUGGUUUUAACAUUGGGUGUUUCUGUUGUUUGCCUUGUUUUGACUGAAAGAUUAAGGAAAAACUGAAUUCUAUUAAAACCCUUGGUGUGUUUGUACACUGCUGUUUCAAGUAUCAGCAUGUACAACGUGGCGAUACUAUCAGCACUGAUCGUCCAGUUUGGGGCUGCAUGUUGUUGUGUGCGUCUCUGCGUGCGUGUGUGCGCGCACGCACACACAGAAAUGUUGUGAGAGGAGUUUCCUUAUUCCAGAAGUUGGAUUGCUACUUUCACUUUUUCCAGGGAUUAUCCCGUUCUUAAUCCACUAAAAACAAGUGGCCAACAAUGCAGAGGUGGUUUAAAAGAGUCCAUCCUAUUUUUUAAUUUUAAGUGAUUUAGUUUGGCUUCUCGGGUUGUGCGCUGCUUUGGUAAAUGGUUCGAAAUAGCUGGUCCUUCGCCUUCUGGGUAAGGAUGAGUGAGGUGGACAUGUUGGGUGAAAACAGCUGGAAUGGCAACCGCAAAAAAACCCCACAAUUCCUUAAAAUGUUUUCAUUUACUGUUAACACGCUUUUAAAAUAAAUAUUUUGGGGAACUACAUUAUCACAAAAUUAUACAAAAUUUUGUACAAGUAUAUAUACAUAAGUAUCAGAACAGACUUUAAACUCACAAGAUUAUAGCUAUACAUACACAUUCUCCCAUUGUGCAAAACGUUCUCAGAAAUAACUCCACAGAAAACAUAGUUACUGAAGAUAAUUUUUAAAUGUAAAAAUUAUAUUUCAAUAGUUUAUUUUAAAUGACUAUAAUUACAGAGAUCAGAUGGAUAAAUUGCAAAGUAGGUAGGACUAAACUUUUUGACUACUGAGUUUUGUGUGUGUGGUUUUUAAAAUUGUUAAGGCAAGAAGUGUCAAAUACUUUAGAAUUAAACGGAUCACUGAUUUUAAA